AGUGAGGAAGCCGCCAGGCCGGAAGGGAGACGCGCGCACGGCGUGCCUGGAAAGAGCUGGAGUCAGGGUUUCGCUGGGGUGCGGCUGGGGCGCGGCUGCCGCUGGCUUCCCCGUGCCCACAGAUCCCGGCUUUUCAGGCUCCGCCGUGCGGACGCUGCUUGCCAGAGAGGCGCGGAUCCCGGACCCAGCCGGGGAUGGAGCGCCUGGUCCACGCCGCCUUGGCGCAGCUGAGCGAGGAGGAGCUGGCGCGCUGCGCCUUCUACCUGCGGAGCCCGGAGCCGGCGGGCGGCGCCCGGGCCGAGCUCCAGGGCGCAGGUGGGAGCCCGGCGCGGCUGGCGCAGCGCUACGCGGGCCGGGCCGCCGAAGUGCUGCGAGAGGCGCUCCGCGACAUGGGCCGCCGCGACGUGAGCGAGGCGCUGGCCGGGCAGGAAAAGGCGGGAGCCGCGGCAGCGCCAGCUGCUGUACUGAGAACUGGUGAACAACAAACCACGAAUCAGACAAGUGAUACAAGUUUUAAAGGAAGACGGACUGAGCAAAGUGACUAUGAGGCACUGGAUAUGUAUGACAUGAGCAAAACCCGUGUGGCUUUUAUGAUGUGUGUGACAACACACAGGCGCGGUGCAGAAAAGGAUAUUGAAAUAAUGAACAAGUGGUUUGACAAGUAUCAGUUUGAAACGCCUUCUGGACAGUGCAUAGACCCUAAUGGGCAGGAAAUACUGCCAGCAUUGGAAGAGUUCCGGGAUCAAAUCAAUCAAUCUGAGGAUGAAAUUAGCUGCUGCCUCAUUGCUCUUAUGAGUCAUGGGAGGAGUCACGGCCUCAUUCAGGGGAAAGAUGGUGACACAGUUGAUCUUGAUGAUAUAUUUGCAUUGUUCAACAAUGUACAAUGCCCAAAGCUCCAAGAAAAACCUAAAAUCUUUAUCAUUCAGGCAUGCAGAGGAGGAAAAGAAGACCAUGGAGUUGAAGAAAUAGAGCAUGAAUUCAAGGAAGCUGAUUGUACUUAUAACUUAAUAGCUAUCAGGAGGUUGCCAACAGCUAGUGAUUACUAUGUCGUGUAUUCCACUCAAAAGGGUUAUGUUUCUUUGCGUAACAGGGAAAAAGGCUCUAGAAUGAUUGAAGCAAUGGAUGAGGUCUUUUCAGAGCAAGGCAUGAAGUGGCAUAUCGGGGAUUUAUUUACUAAAGUUUUAUUUUUCAGAUCAAUAACAACCUGAUGCACGAAACUUUUAGUGUCCAUGGAUGCCCUGUGAAAGAGACAAUAGUCGUGGAAUCAACUCUGACCAAAGCCGUGUACCUUGCACCUUAACUGGUUGAUCAGUGGAAGACUCACUGCCUUUUGAAUUGCUCAAAAUACAGACAGUGAAUAAAAAUAAAAUAAAUACAGAUAAUAAAGUUUAAAUAGUCAUCUUUUUCCAAAUUAUAGCAAAAUUAUUUAGGAUGUUCCUUUUAACUAACUAGCUUUAUUUACUGCAUUUUAACAGCUAUUUUCAACAACGGCAUUUUCUUUUCAACUAAUAGUCCCAUUUUUAGAGAGCACUUUUUUACAGGAUCUUUGAAAAAACCCAGUUUAGGAUCUUAUAUUUGUCUUCAUUUAUAAAUAAAGUCAACCAGUACAAACAGUUUUAUGUUGAGAGAUCACUGGCUCCUUUUCCAGUUCUGCAGAGGGCAUUUUCUCAUUCCCUGUACGACUACUUAAAAC